UUCUUUUUUCUUUUUCGUGUUUUCGUCGACGUUGCUUGCUGUCAAUGUAAAAAAAAAAAAAAAUAGACAAAUGUCACCAUUUCAUUGUUUUGUUCCGACAUGUCGACCGCCGGUCUGCUGCACGUGUUUCAGAGCCGAAUAACCGAACGCUUUACCAGCGUCGCCAUGGAGAUAUUUCAAGAAGUGGCGCAUAUUGUAAAAGGAUACCAAGAGGAAAACGACCGUCUGCGAUCCUUACUGAACAAUGUGAUAAACGCACAGAUGAAUUCACCCAAGAUUGAUCACGGUCGUUUCACAAGACCAAGUACGGCUGUCAGAGAGCAAGCACCAAGGCUGAACAGUCCUGUGGAGACAGAAGUACAGCAAUGUACUAAAGUACCGAAAAUUGAGCAUACUGAGCUGUUGGAGCCAGUGGCCAAUAUACCUGAAGAGGAGAAAAAAGAUAUGUCAGAGCUGCUGGCUAAUAUACCUAAAGAGGAGCAAACUGAAAUAUCAGUGUCUUAUGUAAUGGAACUGUCAGAGCAGCUGGCCAAUGAACAAGAAAUAGAUUUUUCUAGAAGGUUGGCAUCAGAACCAGAAAGAGGAACAGACAAUAGCAUGACAAUGGCUUGUCGUAAAAGUGAUUCCAAACAGGAAGGCACUGGAAGGCCUGACAUUGCGACCUCACUUCAGGCUGUUGCAUUUGGAGACUUCAACACAUCCAUGGAAUUCACUCAGGUGAGCAGGAGUGAAGAAAUCCUAAACAAAGACCUGGGAUAUCCUGAAUCUCCGAAACAAUCAUACAAAAAGAAGAUUAUCAGGGAAGACAAGCCAAAGAGGAAAAACGUGAUGACAACUAUAGCGCUGAAAAAGGAACUUAUCGCCAAGUGGGAGAGUGGUACACGUGUCUCUGACUUGGCUGUUCAGUACAAUAUGGCUAAGUCGACAAUAUCAACUAUAUUGAAGAGAAAAGAAGCCAUCAAAGCUGCUGAUGUUGCAAAAGGGGUAAAAACUCUGAGUAACAGAAGAACUGAUAAAGUGGAAGAAGUGGAAAAAGUUCUGCUUGAGUGGAUUACUCAUAAACAGUUGCGGGGCGACACCGUGUCAGAGACCCUAAUUUGUGACAAGGCAAGGGAGCUGCAUAAUGCCCUUACCCGAGACAACCCUGGGGGCAGUGCUGAAGAAUUCAAGGCUAGUAAGGGGUGGUUUUGCAAAUUUAAAAAGAGAAGUGGAAUCCACGGUGUGCUUAGACCAAGGGAGGCCGCCAGGGCUGGAAAAGAAGACACAGAGAGAUAUGAGGACAAAUUUCAAACCUUCGUCGGCAGCCAGGGUUUUCUCCACUAACAAGUCUUGAUGAUGGACAGGAAGAUAAUUUCAAAGAAGACCUACAUCAGAGAACACCUGCCCAGGACACAAGUCUUUGAAAGUUAGGCUAACUGCUGCUCUAGGCUAAUGCGAGUAGCAACUGCAAACUGAAACUAAUGCUUGUGUCACGUUCCAAAAACCUAAAUUAAAAAAAACAGUGAAAAAUUAUGCUUGGUGUCAUUUGAGGCCAUAUCCAAAAGCCUGGGUGGCUCGGCAGCUCUUUAAGGAAUGGUUAAAAAAUUGUUAAGGAACACCUGACAGAGAAACAUCUUACACUCAAAAUAAUCUUGAGUGGGAACCUCAAGGAGACACUUUGAGGUGAGGGAGAAGCCUCGCCCUUUCAGACCAAAUAUAAUGUUGCUCGGGAUGCACUGAUACUUAUACUAGUAUUGGUAUUGGUGACUUGUGUAAGAAUACUCCAAUUAUGCGAUGCCAAUACCACUUUACCAGCCUGACAUAUAGAAUACCUUCCAGAUAGGAGCCACGUCAGCCGUGUGGAGAUACAGUACCUCUAUGUAGACAGGGAUGAUAACACUUUUAGCCAUCUGCAAAUUAUGUUCUGCAAAAUGGAUGCUGAACUGUGCUCGGGUAGUGGCCGGCAAGCAAGAUUCUUGAGCGCCGUUGUCUGCUCCACUAUGCCCUGGAGGCUACCUGGUUGCUCCUGCCAGUAGAAUGUCUAUAUAAUCACAAACAUUAAGCCGUGUAUGUCUAAAUCCACCCAAAUCUGUACAGUGAAACUACAAGUGACUCAUUAAAACAAUGGUUCCUUUGA